AUGUCUGCAGAUUUUUGGGCCGGUUACCUUAGUGGGGCCCUAGGAAUCAUCAUCGGGAACCCACUGGAUGUGGUCAAGGUUCGACUACAGGCGGGCUCUGCAGAAACAGCUGCAGUACCUGCGUCACAGCAAUUGAGUCGCUUCGACAAAGUAAGCUCUCUCGUGCGAGGCGCUGCGGCCCCAAUCCUUGGAUAUGGCGCCCUCAAUGCUCUUCUCUUUGUCGCCUACAAUCGAUCGUUGAUGUUCUUGGAUAGGUCAGUGACCGAUCCCACUGACCCUAGAGGCACAUCACUAUCCAAGAUAUGGCUCGCCGGAGCUGUAGGUGGGGUGGCCAGCUGGACUGUGUCGUCCCCGACUGAAUUCAUCAAAUGCCGCGCUCAGUUGGACACACGACCGGGCGUUUCGUCCUGGACCGUCGCCAAAGACAUCUGCCAAAGCCGUGGAUGGAGGGGUCUCUAUUACGGAGGAGCGGUAACCUGUGCCAGGGACUCUAUUGGCUAUGGGUUUUACUUCUGGUCUUACGAGUAUUGCAAACGUCUUGUGGGCUCGCCAGAUGACGACGCGCACAUGGUUGCGCUGAAGGUGCUGCUCUGUGGUGGCAUUGCUGGUGUCGCUACUUGGGCAUCCGUGUUCCCAUUGGACAUGAUCAAAACGAGGUUGCAGGCGCAGACAAUUGAUUUCCACGCCGAGCAACAGCCCUUACUACGAUCUCCAAGAAAGAAGACGCUCAACACCUUUGAGAUCGCUCGAGAAGCCUAUCGCACCGAAGGCGUUAAGGUCUUCCAUCGCGGCCUAGGAGUCUGCAGUCUGAGGGCAUUUAUAGUGAACGCGGUCCAGUGGGCGACAUACGAAUGGCUGAUGAAGUAUUUACAAACCCCCGAGUCGCAACCAGAAGCUUCACCGCAGGGUUUAAUAUCAUAG